ACCCACGGUGCCCACACCUAGUCCUGGCCGCAGUCUACCCCGUCACUGCUAAUGGCCCUCCCCUUCCACUGGCCUUCUUAAUGUCCUCAUGGCCAUUAUCCACGCUGAGAACAUUUUAAUGACUUCCUAUGGUAAAUGAAAAUUCCCUCAAAGCUGUCAACAAAUCCCACCAAGGUCCUCCCAAACAUUUGAAAGAGCGGUGCUCUCCCUGAAAUGAGUCUGGUGAUCAGAAAUUUGCAGCGAGCGAUUGCAAUUAGGAGAGUGCCACUUCGAAGGAAGAUGGAGAUUGUAAGGAGUAUUUUAGGCGUGCAGAGAUUUGACCUGGGGAUCGUCUAUGUUGACAACAAGAAUAUUCAGCACAUUAAUAGGAUCUACAGAAAGAAAAAUACCCCAACUGAUGUGCUUUCUUUCCCAUUUCAUGAGAAUCUGAAAGCAGGUGAACUUCCCCAGCCAGAUUUUCGAGAGGAUUAUAAUUUGGGAGACAUUUUCCUAGGAGUGGAAUAUAUCUUCCAGCAGUGCAAAGAAGACGAAGACUACUAUGACAUGCUGACUGUGACAGCUACCCACGGACUCUGUCACCUCCUGGGCUUCACACACCAUUCAGAGGCCGAGUGGCAGAAGAUGUACUGCCAGGAGAAGCAGGUGCUGGAGGAGCUGAGCAGGUGCACUGGAGCCAGGCUUGAGCCCCUGACCAGAGGCUUCUACUGAUGCUGCUGACGCUCCAGGACACAGAGGAGAGGGUCAAUGGACCAAGGGUCAGGGCUUGGAGGGCCCCCCAGAAUGGAAUUGUGCUGGUUAUGUGGUCCAGGGGGCCACAGGUGCCAGCCCAUGCUAAGGCUAAAUUCUACCACUGGAACUCAGCUUGUUACAGUAUAAAAGACCCUUCCAGUUUAGAAGGCUGUCUUCAUCCUUGUAAACCCCAUAUGCGUCUUGGGGGUUCUCGAUUUUUGUUUGUAAUAUGCCAGCACAGGCUUUACUGGGGAGAAGAAACCUGUGGAGGGGGUCUCCAUCAAGAGAGUUAGAGCCCCUCUACCAAUCUUCCUCGGAUUUGAAGAGGAUGUCUACUCUCUGCAGCCUGCCAGAAAUAGAAGGAGCAGGCCAGAGUGCCAUGUCCCUCCAUGAAGGCCAGGGGUGGGGGGACGGGGGACUUCUGCCCAUCUGCAGGCUAGAGAGGGCUGGGGUCCUGCCCUAACCCUCAGGAGCUCUGUGACCUUGUUUGUUCCUAAGAGGACAGUGGCCAAUCCAAAAGCACACCUGUCAGUGACAGGUGCACCGUGUUUGGCCCACGAGGUCAGUGAACGUGCAGAGACACCUCGCAGCCCCUCAUCUGUCGUGAGGCAUCAACUGCAGACACCACCGCAGGAAAGUCAGUAGCUCCUGGGCCCUGGGCUCUCCACCACCCUGCCUGCCAACCUUCUGCUUUGUCCGUCCAGUCUCCCCACUGCCCCCUACACACCCAGCUCCCAAGCUCCUUGCUGAAGAAAUCUCACUCCAUCUCUAGCUCCUAUUUCCCUGGAAAUUAAAAUAAGCCCAGAGUCCAGAGUAAAUGCAGGUUUUAUGAAGGCCAUAUCCUUGGGGGGGACAGGUCAGGAGGAUGCUGGCCCCUGACCCCUCCAAGAUUCCCACCCUGCCAGAGAGGGCAGCAUGUGCGGUGGAUUUCUGUAGGGAGCUCAUACUGGUAAGAUACAGGCUCAGAACCUUAUUAGCCCAAAAGCUGGUAAUACUGUGAUUCAGAUCACUUGUGUAUCCAUUAAACUGUCUAGAAAUGUAAAGAUGCCU